AUGAGCCAGAAGACGAAUCAAAUCGGGGCCAGGCAUAAAUAUGGACGCCUCAAAACAGGGCUUAGCUGGGAGGAGCUCAAGAAAAAUCAGAAGAAAGGAGCGUGUGGCGCCCAACUUGCGCCUAAUCAAUUGCUUGAUGAUGCCAUUUCCUUCAGUUUCGCCAGCCUUCGCGACAGAUCGCUAGAAGAACCCGACUACUUCCAACAAUUCGUCGACAUGGGCCGCUUGGAAGCUGAAGCAGGCAACUUUCCUUCCCUCGCCGCGAUCGUCGUCAAGAACAAUGGCAAAAAGUGGCUUUGCUCCGGCUCUGUUUUGAGCGAAAACUGGAUCGUCACAAGCGCCAGUUGCGUGCUCAAAGAAGGCUGGGACUUUGCCGACGCGCAGAUCAAAGCUGCUCCCGGAGUUGUCCGCCUUUCCGAUUACAAUGAAAAAUUAUUGGCUGUUGUGGAUCUUCAGGUGCACCCGGACUUUGACUUCCCAAAGAAAGACAUUGCUCUGGUCAAAACUCAAGUAGCCAUGGACUUUGCUAGAGCUGAGCCUCUCCAACCAGCUUGUUUUGGAAAUGAAGGCUCUCAUGCUAGUUGCUUCCCUACUACGACCGUUUGCGCGUCCGUAGGACUCAAUAGAAAUGGAAAAGCAGUUGUUAGACCGGUUCAGUCGAUGCAUUUUUCAAAGUGCAAAAACGAGUUUGAAGAUGAAAGUAUCGACCCUCUUUAUUUUGGCAGCUACUUUACCUGCGCUGGGAGCCGCGAAAUUACGGAAAACAAGAUUUGUGACUGGCGACCAGGCGGGGCGAUGCUCUACUGUCGCCGGCCAGAUGGACCUUGGAUCGUCUCUGGAAUCGAGUCGCUUCCAGAAUCGUGCUCAAGAAAGGGAGAAGAAGUAAAACGACCGGCUUUGUUCAGCACGAUCGAGAGCUCUUCGGAUUGGCUCAUGACGACAGCAGGAAUGGUUUCGGACAUUCACCCUUACAUCUGCGGACGUGAAAGGGGCGAUAUCACAAUGUCGCAGGCGGCGGACAAGUGCGGCCGUCCGGUUUACGACCACACUGAAGGGCUACUCGAAAAAGUGUCGAAGAAAAAUGCGCCCGCCGACUGGUACGAAAUGAUGAAAGAAGUCUACGAGACCCACCCCGAGUUCAAAAACAAAAAGAAUAAAUUCGCCAACCGCGCGGCGAAAAAUGACAAGGUCGAUUUGACAGACGCCGGCUUCGAGAACAUCGAUGCGGAGGAAGAAUUGGUCUUUGAGGCUGAUCUCACGCCGCGCUUCCACAAUAACACCAAAGAUAUUGUUUCUGGCUUUGGCAGAUCCAGGGGGCCAAAGUUUCAAUCUAAACCGCUUGAUCUGGAUCCGAGCGAGGAAGAUGGAUUCUGGAAUAAGCUUUCCAAUUCCGAUAUUCAGCAGUUAGAAGAAAACCAGGGCAAAGACAACCGAUUCGUAUUCGAUCCACCAGUAAUGAUGGGCCGAGUCAUCGGCGGAAACGACGCUCAGCCCCACUCGUGGCCUUGGCAAAUCUUCCUCUCCUUCGACGAGUGGGAUUGCGGCGCAAUCAUGAUCCACCCAACCUGGCUUCUCACCGCUGCGCACUGCAUCCCAGGCCAGAAAUGGAAAGGCCGCUCGGUUAUCUUCGGCCUCCACAAUCUGGAAAGGCCAAAAGGAGCGCGAAUCGCUUCCCUGUCACAGAACUAUGUCACUGUUCACCCCAACUUCCACAAGCCUCGGUUUUUAAGUGGAGACCCGACUCCUUACAACAACGACAUCGCCUUGGUCCGCCUUCGAGUUCCACUUCAGUUCGACGAUAAGACGUCACCAGCUUGUCUUCCUUCUCAAGAAACUUGUCUUCCGGAUAACACUCAGUGCGUCGUCUCUGGCUGGGGCAACACCAACCGUGAUUCUUCAGCCGAUUCUGACUAUCCCGCUGUUUUGCAAGAAGGAACGGCACCUGUCAACAUCCUCAACAAUGAUUUCUGCGCAAACCCGGACCCGUGGGAGGAAGGCAACUUCAAGAACCUCUACUACAGAAAAAUGUACAGUCACAACAUGGUCUGCGCCGGUCAUGAGAAAGGAUUCAUGGACGCUUGUCAGGAUCAGAGAAUGAGAAUUAUUAUGACGCUAGAAUCAUGA